UCUGAUCAAGUUUAUAUUUUCUAUUUUUGGUUUUUAUCACUCCUAGUCUUACUAAACUAUUUCUACGAUGGGAAGCAUUGACAGGGAAGAAGCAGAAGUGGAUCUUAACCAAUCUCUGUUAGCAGAACCAUCUCAAGCCAAACACCUUCCAUCCAGAGUUUGGAUAGAGUCCAAGAAACUGUGGCGAGUUGUGGGUCCAGCCAUCGUCAGCCGUUUGGCUGGCUACUCCAUGGGUGUUAUUACACAAGCCUUUGCCGGCCACCUUGGUGUCGUCCAACUCGCUUCCAUUUCCAUUGCCAACAAUGUCGUUCUGGGUUUCACUUUCGGUCUCCUGCUAGGCAUGGCAAGUGCGCUAGAGACACUAUGUGGGCAGGCUUUUGGAGCAAAGAGGCACCACAUGUUGGGGAUAUACCUACAAAGGUCAUGGAUUGUGUUGUUUUUCUGCUGCAUUCUGCUGUUACCUAUAUACAUUUUCGCCUCUCCGAUCCUGAAACUGUUAGGGCAGGCCGAUGACGUGGCGGAGCAAACUGGGGUGGUGUCUUUGUGGCUUCUGCCCUUGCACUUCAGCUAUGCGUUUCUGUUCCCACUGCAGAGGUUCUUGCAGAGCCAGCUGAAGAACUUUGUGACUUUGUGGGUUUCCUUGGUGGUUUUAGUGUUUCAUGCAUUGAUAAGUUGGCUUUUUGUGUAUGUUUUGGACUUUGGGGUUGUGGGUGCUGCUGUUGCUUUGGAUAUCUCAUGGUGGGUUUUGUGCUUUGGGCUGCUUGGCUAUGUUACAUGUGGUUGGUGUCCACUGAGCUGGACUGGUUUCUCCAUGGAAGCCUUUUAUGGGCUUUGGGAAUUUGUCAAACUUUCUACUGCUUCUGGUGUCAUGCUCUGUUUGGAGUUCUGGUACUAUAGAAUCUUGAUAUUGAUGACUGGAUACUUACAGAACGCGACUCUUGCUGUGGAUGCCUUAUCAAUUUGCAUGACUAUAAAUGGGUGGGAGCUCAUGAUUCAUCUAGCCUUCUUUGCUGGAACAGGAGUAAGGGUAGCAAAUGAGCUGGGAGCUGGAAAUGGUCAGGCAGCAAAAUUUGCAGCAAAAGUUUCUGCUGCGGAAUCCACCUUUAUUGCCCUAUUCUUCUGCAUACUUAUUAUUAUAUUCCGUGAUCAGUUUGGGUACAUAUUCACUUCCAGCACUGAUGUCCUCCAAUCAGUUAGUGAAAUGUCUUACCUCUUGGCCAUCACAAUUCUACUUAACGGUGUUCAACCCGUCUUAUCAGGAGUGGCUGUGGGCUCAGGGUGGCAAGCAUGGGUGGCAUAUAUAAAUCUUUUCUGCUACUACAUUAUUGGGCUCCCACUUGGAUUUGUAAUGGGAUGGGUCGCCAACUUAGGUGUUAUGGGUAUAUGGGGUGGGAUGAUCCUUGGUGGAACUGCUGUCCAAACAGUGCUGUUGGCCAUCGUGACAACACGACGUGAUUGGGAAAAGGAGGCUCAAGAGGCCAGCCAGCGUGUGAAUAAGUGGUCAACUCCUAACCCAGAUGAUCAAACAGAGGAACAACAAUAACAGCAUAUUUUAUUCUUAUUGCUACUUGCACACACUGUGAGCUUGCUUAAUUUCAAGCAGCACAAGAAAAAACAUAAUAGAGUAACAUAAAAUUGUCAUGCCAUUCCCAUCAAUCCCAUUUUUUC